AUGAAUUACGGAAUGUUUAUGAUGCCUUCGCAUCCGCCGGAGCGGGAGCUGUACACCGCUCACCAGUGGGACUUGGACUGUCUGCAGUUGGGCGAUGAGUUGGGGUUCUCCGAGGCGUGGAUCGGCGAGCAUUUCACCUCGCCGUGGGAGCCGAUCCCGGCGCCAGAUCUGAUGAUUGCGCAGGCUCUGAUGCGCACGAAGAACAUCAAGCUAUGCACAGGUGUGCAUCUGCUGCCCUAUCACCAUCCCGCCGAACUGGCCUGCCGCGUGGCCUACCUGGAUCACAUGGCCCAAGGGCGCUUCAUGUUUGGAAUCGGAUCCAGCGGCCUGCCCACCGACUACCGUCUCGUGCCCGACGAGGCAGUGACGCCGGAGUACAUGGCGGAGCAUGUGUGGCUGGUCGGCUCGCCCGACACCGUAGAGAAGCGGCUGCUCAGCCUGUACGAGAUGUGCGGAGGAUUCGGAACCCUGCUGACCCUGAUCUACGACAACAUCGAGAACCAGCAGAACUGGGAGAAGUCCAUGAACCUCUUCGCCAAUGAGGUGAUGCCUCGGUUCGCGGAGCUGAAUCCCGACUAG